GUGAGGCACUCUGGCGAGGCCCGGAGCGAGGCGCGGAGACCGACCGUUCGCCGCUACCAGCCGCACCCCGCGCUCCGCCGUCCGUGAUUCGCGACGACGACGCCAGUAAUCCGAUGAGAUCGAUCCUCAUAACCGGCUGCAACCGCGGCCUGGGCCUGGGCCUGGUGAGGCACCUGCUCGAGUCGCCGAGGCCGCCGGAGAACGUCUUCGCGACCUGCCGCGACGCGAGCAACGCGACGGAGCUACGCGCGCUUGCCGACAAAUCGUCGAACUUGCAAAUCAUCGAGAUAGAUUUAACGGAUACGGAUAGCUACGAGAGAAUCGUGGACACGGUCAGCAAAAGGGUAAAUGGCGCUGGUCUCAACGUUCUGUUCAACAAUGCUGGUAUUUCCAGCAAAUUUACGCGUCUUGGCCUGGUGAAGAAGCAGCAGAUUACAGACGCUUUUCUCGUAAAUACCGUGACACCGAUUAUGCUGACAAAAGCCUUCCUGCCGCUGCUGAAGACGGCUGCAAAAAGUUCCGAGGAUAAAACGGGAUUGAGCGUACGAAGAGCAGCGGUUAUCAAUAUGACGUCUGUCCUGGGCAGCAUUGCUGAAAAUAGCGACGGCGGUUUUUAUCCUUACAGAUGCAGCAAGGCGGCGCUUAACGCGGCGACAAAAUCGAUGAGCGUCGAUCUGCGAGCAGAUGGGAUUUUGGUAGCGUGUUUGCACCCUGGGUGGGUGCGCACUGAUUUGGGCGGCAGCAACGCUCCGAUGGACGUCGACACCAGCGUCAGGUGCAUUCUGAAUACCUUAAACUCGUUGACGGAAAAAGAAACCGGCUGUUUCGUGCAGUACGAUGGUAAAAUACUGCCCUGGUAAUAGUGGUCAAGUAAACUAUUUAAUCAAAAGAAAUUUUUUAUACAUAGUGUUAUAUAUAUAUACGUGUGUAUAUACGAAUUUUUAAAUACUU